UUUCACCAACCUUAUCGUAUUCGAUAACUUUCCUAACAAUUUCCUCCGCCUUUUCUCCCUCUAUUCACGAUUUGAUCGACUUCAAGGCCUUGUAAACUUCAUUUCUAGCUGCAGCUGGGUUUUUGAGAGUGUUGGAGGAAUCGCUAAGAAGGGGGAAAAGUUUGUUUGUUUGUGCUCACGUGACCCAUCCCACGUUGACGCUUCUUUCCUCAGCCUUUUUCAAGAGCCACUCAGCUGGGAUCUAGACGCAGAAAUGGCCGCUCCGCAAACCGUACAACGUGGGAUCGUUAAAUCGGUGCUGUCUGGUGAUGCUGUCAUCAUCCGUGGCCAGCCCAAGGGUGGCCCUCCCCCCGAGAAACAGCUGAACCUGUCCAACAUUGUGGCACCCAAGAUGGCACGUCGAGCCAACCCUAAUGUGGAGGCUUCUGUUGAGACCAAGGAUGAGCCCUAUGCCUGGGAGGCGCGGGAGUUUCUACGUAAGAUGGUGGUCGGGAAGGAGAUUUGCUUCACCGUGGAGUACAAGGUUCCAGGAACCGGCCGCGAGUACGGAUGUCUGUAUGUCGGGAAAGACCCUCAGACUGGUAAGAACGUGACGGAGGCCUUGGUGAAUGAGGGUCUAGUGGAGGUACGCAGGGGAGGCAUCAAACCCAGCGAUGACCAGGCGAAGCUGUGUGACCUUGAGGACACUGCUAAGUCUAACAGCAAGGGCAAGUGGGCCGCAGACGCUCAGUCUCACGUGCGUGACGUGGCAUGGACACUGGAGAACCCACGCAACUUUGUUGAUGCGCAUCACAACAAGCCUGUCAAAGCCAUUGUUGAACAUGUCCGAGAUGGCUGCACCCUGCGAGCGUUCCUCCUGCCGUCCUUCCAGUACAUCACCGUCAUGCUGUCUGGGAUCAAGUGCCCCAUGUUCAAACGUGAGGGGGACAAAGAAGUGGCGGAACCGUUUGCGGACCAGGCCAAGUUCUUCGUGGAGUCUCGUCUCCUCCAGCGCGAUGUGGAGAUCAUCAUGGAGGGCGUGUCCAAUCAGAACAUCCUCGGAACUGUGAUCCACCCGAAUGGCAACAUCACAGAGUUCCUGCUUCAGGAAGGGUUCGCUCGCUGUGUGGACUGGAGCAUGGGUGUGGUCACCACAGGGGCGGAGAAACUGCGCUCUGCGGAGAAAGCUGCCAAAGAGAAGCGGCUGCGUAUCUGGAAGGACUACACACCCUCGCAGGCCUCCAUUGCCAUCACCGAGAAACAGUUCACUGGCAAGGUGAUUGAGAUCAACAAUGCUGACCGCCUGGUAAUCAAGACACCUGAAAACCAGAUCAAGGAGGUGACUUUGUCCAGUAUUCGCCCCCCAAGGAUGACAGAUGACGGAGGCCCUAAGGACAACACAAAGCGUAUACGACCACUGUAUGACGUCCCGUACAUGUUCGAGGCUCGCGAGUUUCUCAGGAAGAAACUCAUUGGCAAAAAGGUGAAUGUGAGUGUUGACUACAUCAGGCCAGGCAGUGACGGGUACCCAGAGAGAACAUGUGCUACAGUCACUAUUGGCGGCAUAAAUGUAGCAGAAGCCCUUGUGAGCAAAGGCUUUGUGACUGUAGUGCGCUACAGGGCAGACGAUGACCAGAGAUCCGCACACUACGAUGAACUCUUGGCAGCAGAAGCAAGGGCUCAGAAGAACGCAAAGGGUCUUCAUAGCAAGAAGGAAGUCCCCAUCCACCGAGUAGCAGACCUCUCUGGGGACACCAACAAGGCCAGGCAGUUCCUGCCAUUCCUCCAGAGGGCCGGGCGCUCUGACGCCAUCGUGGAGUUCACGGCGAGCGGAUCACGUGUCCGCCUGUACCUGCCCAAGGAGACGUGCCUUAUCACAUUCCUGCUGGCCGGUAUCUCCUGCCCGAGGGUCCCACGCAGCUUGCCCAGCGGUACCACAGAGGGAGAGCCAUUCGGAGAAGAAGCCUUGUCCUUCACCAAAGAACUCUGCAUGCAAAGAGAGGUGGAGGUAGAAGUUGAGAACAUCGACAAGGCUGGGAACUUCAUCGGCUGGUUGUUUGUUGACGGAGUGAACCUGUCUGUGGCGCUGGUGAAGGAAGGCCUGUCCAAGGUGCACUUCACGGCCGAGCGUAGCCAGUACUACCACACCCUGGUGUCUGCAGAGGAGGAGGCCAAGAAGGAAAAGAUCAAGAUGUGGGCCAACUAUGAGGAGCCCAAGGACAUCGUGGUUGUUGAGGAGGCAGAGCGCAAUGUCAACUACAAGGACGUGGUGGUGACGGAGGUCGGGGAGGAGAUGAAGUUCUACGCACAGCACGUGGAGACUGGCCCACAUCUGGAGAAAAUGAUGGAAGAACUGCGUACAGAGAUGACAGACACCCCCCCUCUCCAGGGCGCCUACACCCCGCGCAAGGGAGACCUGUGUGCCGCAAAGUUUGUGGAUGAGGAAUGGUACCGUGCCAGAGUGGAGAAAGUGUCUGGGAACCAAGCCAACGUCUUGUAUGUGGACUAUGGGAAUAGAGAGGUGAUCCCAGCAGCCAGACUCGCCGCCCUGCCCUCCUCAUUCCACAGCCUCCCCAUCCAGGCCCAUGAGUACCAGCUGGCCUUCAUCACCGUGCCAGAGGAUCCUGAAGCUAAGAAAGAUGCCCAGGAAGCCUUCCUGAAGGACGUGCUGAACCAACAGCUGGCGCUGAACGUGGAGUACAAGAACCAGGGUCAGGACAUGGUCAUCAUUCUCACCUCCGACAAGAACACGGACAUCGGGCUGGGGCUGGUCAAGGACGGGCUGGUCAUGGUGGAGACACGCCGCGAGAAAAGGCUGCAGAAACUGGUCAAUGACUACAAGAAGGCCCAAGAAGCAGCCAAGAAUGCCCGGCUGAACCUGUGGCAGUAUGGUGACUUCACCGCCGAUGAUGCCGUGGAGUUCGGCUACAAGCGCUGAGUGGCACUCCGCAACCAAGCACAGCAGCACAAGAUGGAACAUAGGGUCUUCCAAUUGAUAAACAGUUCUGCCCGAGAGAGAGUACACUUUUCCAGAGAAAAUCCUAUAGUCUACUAGUUUAGUUUACACAGUAAAAAUGAAAUUUGUAGUCACUAUUCUAUAACUACAAUGUAAUAAGACAAAAAAUUGAUAAAAUAACAAAAAGUCGCAAUAACAACUGUUUACGUUUUGUAUGAUUUGACAAAUAAUUACCGCUUAAAGCUGCAAAUGAAAGUCAUAAUGCUUUAUAGGAAUGACACACUUAUUAAGGCUAUUUUCACUUGAAAUAAAUGUUUCUGAAUCUGAGAUCACUUUUAAUGGAAUUUUAUUAAGCAGUAUUUAAAUUAUUGCUACUCAAGACGCUAACUUAUGACUUGAUCUAUAUCUGGCAUAAUACACCGGCAAGUAACAAUAUAUUAAGAAACAGUGGCUAACAUUUAUGGUACAAUUUUGCCUAUGAUGUUGACCGUAUGGCCAAAUCUCUUUUUCUGUAAUAUUUUGAUAAAGUCUUUGCCAAAGAAAUAUAAGCUUCAAUUAUUAUUCUUGACAAGUAUUAAGAAUAAGAUAAAGCAAAACUGAAAAUUAGCAAAGUAGGAUACUUGAUACUUGAAUGUAAUAGAAAGUAUAAAGAGAGUGAGACAAUAUGAAUUUGUUGACUAUACAGUAUAAUUAUGUUUUCAUUUUCCAUUCCAAUAUAGUAGCAAAUACAAUAAAGGUUUCUAUGAAAGAAUGACCUUAAGAAUGAACUGUAGGGAAAAGUUGUACAAGGGGGACUUCAGAAAUAAACAGAACUGUGCAAGAAAA